AGGCAGUGGAGCGAGUUCGUCACCUCUACCGACGCGUUCAUCGUCGUCACCCCUCAGUACAACUGGGGAUACCCCGGCGAUCUCAAGACGAUGUUCGACCACCUUUAUAACGAAUGGAAGGGGAAGCCUAUAAUGCUCGUCACGUACGGCGGCCACGGCGGCGCAAGAUGCAAUUCCCAACUUCGGCAGGUGUUCGAAGGGGGUCUCGGCAUGCGUUUCGUCGAACCUGCAGUG